UGGAACGGGGAAUCACAUCUUCCAAAAAUCUUGUCAGAAGACACCAACCUCCGCCAACAUGAAGACCUUCGCCGCCACUCUCUGCGCCCUCCUAGUCGGCACCGUUUACGCUGAGGAAGCCGCCAAGACGGAAAAGGUCGAGGCCCGCGGUGGCUUUCUGGGCGCUGGUCUCGGAGUCGGUGGUUACGGGGCCGGUGUAGGACACGGUCUUGGUGGUGUUGGUCUCGGAGGCGUCGGUCUCGGACAUGGUGGUCUCGGGGGAUACGGCGGAGGCUUCCAGUCCGGCUACGGCUCCCAGGCCGGCGGCCACCUGGCUGGAUUCCAGAAAGGCGCAGCUGGACACAACCAGGGGUCCGCGGGUUUCGCCGGCGGUGCUUCCAACAGGAACGUGAACGCAUACAAUCACAACAAGGGCUACAGCCACAGCUCGGGCUUUUCGGCCUCAGACAGCAAGAACUUUGGCUCCGGACACAACCAGGGCUCGGCCGGAUUCCAGGGUGGCGCUGCCGGACACCAGGGCGGCUACGGACAAUCGUCUCACGGACACCAGGCCGGUGGCGGCUACGGCGGUGGAUACCUCGACAAGUUUGCUAUCAAGAUCAGAAGCGUUAAGAUUGGUGAGCAAAGCUCGACAGACGAGAGCCACUCUGGAACGGGGAAUCACCUCUUCCAAAGAUCCCUGCAGAAGACACCAACCUCCGCCAAAAUGAAGACCUUCGCCGCCGCUGUCUGCGCCCUCCUAGUCUGCAGCGUUUACGCUGCGAAGGAAAAGGUCGAGGCGCGUGGUGGCCUUGUGGGCGCUGGUCUCGGGGGCUACGGCGCCGGUGUAGGACCCGGUCUCGGAGGCGUUGGUCUCGGAGGCGUUGGUCUGGGACAUGGUGGUCUCGGAGGAGGCUUCCAGUCCGGCUACGGCUCUCAGGCCGGCGGCCACCAGUCUGGAUUCCGGGGCGGCGCUGCUGGACACAACCAGGGGUCAGGCAGUUUCGCCGGCGGUGCUUCCAACAGGAACGUGAACGCCUACAAAGACAACAAGGGCUACAGCCACAGCUCGGGUUUCUCGGCCUCGGACAGCAAUGCCUUCGGUUCCGGACACAAACAGGGAUCGUCCGGAUUCCAGGGUGGCGCUGCCGGACAGCAGGGAGGCUACGGACAAUCUUCUCACGGACACCAGGCCGGUGGCGGCUACGGCGGUGGAUACCUCGGCUAAAUAUUCUGUGCUUCAUCACCAGAGCAACAUCGGUGGUCUGCCUCGCUGCAAUAAACAUGUGAAUAGACAUAUGGGAAUAAACAUGUGCUCUUCGUUAUUUGAGCACAAAUGUAUCA